AGUAUUUUUAAUCAUGGCUGUAUUGGUACAAGUGAAGGAUCUGAGUGCUCCCUGUUUAUUCAGGGUGUAAAUCCAUGUGUCUACACCAGAGGGCAGAGUUUCAUUCACACAGAGGUAUUUGUCUUCUCUUUCCUCUGCUCUCCUCUGCUUCAUAUAUCAACCCCACCCAAACAGGAAGCUGCACAGACAGCCUGCUGAAAGAGCAAACCAUAUCUAACCACAUGACCAAUAAAAAGGAAACGUUAGGUUAAAAGCCCUAAAUUAUAUUAUAUUACUGCUUACAAGAUAAAUUUAUGCCAAUUUUGAGCCUUUAUAAACUAUACGUUUCGGAGAAUGCGUUUCAGUGCGAGGUUUAUUUUGAAGGGCUGCACCGGAUGUCAUGUGAUGUAUUAAAUCUGUCUUGACUGCACUGUGGGAAAAGGCGUAGCUAGUAAACAUCACGGAAAGCACACAGCGGAUAUUAACGCCUGAAAAUACCGACUUCUUAGGUCUCCUCUUCGGUUCAUUUGAAGCCAGUCGGUGUCGUCGGUUUCCCCGUUACCGUCCGUGGUCGUCUCAGUGGCUGUCAACGUCUCAGCAAGAAAGACUGUCGGGGCGUUAGCCAGCUAGCUAGCUAGCAUAGCCACCUAGCCGUAGCAGCAGAAGCAGCAGCUAGCAUUAGCAUUAGUGUCAGACGACAAAGAUGAUAGCGCUAAUCAACAAACUGCUGGACUGGUUCAAGGCGCUCUUCUGGAAGGAGGAGAUGGAGCUGACCCUGGUGGGGCUGCAGUACUCCGGGAAAACGACCUUCGUCAAUGUGAUAGCGUCUGGGCAGUUCAGUGAAGACAUGAUUCCCACAGUUGGAUUCAACAUGAGGAAGAUCACUAAAGGCAACGUCACCAUCAAGUUAUGGGAUAUUGGAGGUCAGCCUCGCUUCAGGAGCAUGUGGGAGCGUUACUGUCGAGGAGUCAGUGCUAUCGUUUACAUGGUGGACGCAGCAGACCCAGAGAAAAUUGAAGCCUCCAAGAACGAGCUCCACAACCUGCUGGACAAACCACAGCUGCAGGGAAUUCCUGUUUUGGUUCUGGGCAAUAAGAGGGACCUACCAGGAGCUCUGGAUGAGAAGGAGCUCAUAGAGAGGAUGAACCUGUCGGCCAUCCAGGACAGAGAGAUCUGCUGCUACUCCAUCUCCUGCAAGGAGAAAGAUAACAUUGACAUCACUCUCCAGUGGUUGAUCCAACACUCCAGGACUAAGAGGAGUUCCUGAGAACAGACACGCCCCCAAACGAACAGGCCACGCCCACCCACCCUAACACAUCUUCUCUCUUUGAUCACCCCCCUAACUCCCUAACCCCAAACUACCCCUGCCCCCCAUCCACCCCAUCCUAACAUUAACCCCUCCAAACCCCCGUUACUGCCCCCCUCCCCUCUCCUCCCUCCGCCUCGGGAUGUAUUGAUACCUCUGGGUUUGUGUCUUUUACUCAAGUGUUGAGUGACGCAGGUGAAACAGAAACCAAAGCUGAUCGUCUUUCUGUUGGCUCACAUUCAGCCGCCGUCGGUUCAUGUCACAAAGACACAGUAACAGUCAUACAGAAUAAUAAUCUCUUAACAUGUUAGUUUUUGGCUUUAUGACUGUCUCAACUCCAAACGAUACUUUUAACAUUCUGGUGACGGUGACCGUUUGUGUGACCAUCUGUUUGCAGCACAAAAUUCAAUAUAUGUGUGAAGACAUGCACCCAGUGUAGUGGGAACCACUGUCUGUGUCUGCAUCCAUUUUGGACUGUACCUGGCUCUUUAGACAGAAACACUGUCAGCCAUGCAGCCAUGUCGGUGUGCUGCGUUUGAGGGAUGUUGUUGAACAUUUGGUUGUAAUGUUCAGGUGAUUAUCGACACCUGUUGUCCACCUGUGGGGCGUCUCUGCCUCCUGCAGAGCUGAUUAAACCACCUGCUGAACCGGCUGCAGUUUUUAUUCACAGAUUUUACACACAGCUGUCUUCACACUGCACAGCUGAGCAGUAAGCUGUUGUUUUAGCAUUAAAAGCCAGUGGGAGAAACCUCUGCAGCUACGUUAUUAGAAUAGCAAUAACAUACAGUAGUCUCCAGUGCUGCAGCACACAGGUGCACCUGCUAAAAACUCCUGGGAAACAGGAGCAGGUUUUGACAAGAAUUCACAGCAAGUACCAGAAUCUCAAUUCAUCAAUAGAAGGCUGAUAUCUCAGACAGACGUCUGAAAACCUGGACCAAUAAAACCAGAACCAUCUGCAUGGACAGAAACUACAAGACUAAAGAGACGAGAUAUGUUGUUUGUAGUCUGGGUGAUUCUUUUACUUGUCAGUCUUUAAUACGACCACCAGUCACGUCAGUGUUUGAUACAGAGAGGUGGUAUCAGUGCAUCUUUACAGAUCCACACAACAGCCUCCAGUAUAAUCUCUUUUUUUAAAUCGGAAACUAAACGUCUCUUUGUACAUUUGUUAUCGUAUCAUGUCGGCCAUUUUGACUUGUAAUCAUCACCACAGCUGUCAAACUUUUUAUUUAUUCCAGUGGCCAUAGAAACACAUGUUUAGCAUUGUUAGCCAGUUAGCUGGAGCCUGUUCUAUGGAUCUGUUUUCUCCCUCAGAUUUUUCCCAUGAUCCUCCUCUCCCCUAAAACUACACCCUCAUCACCUUUUAGCCAAUAACCACAAACCCGCCAUCCUCAUUUCCUCUCCUCGUUUUCCACCUGUUGAUUUUCAUUCCUCUUUCUCUCCUUCCAUUUUUUCCCUUUCUACCUCCACAUCAUCUAUCCAUCCAUUCUUUCACAUUUAUAUAAUCCUGAGAAGCCCUCUUCAUUCCUUCGUCUGUUGUAAACUGCUUGUCCUCCUCUGUACUCCCUCUAUCUUUCCUUCCUUCCUUUUAUUUUUGGAUGUUACCUUUUUUCUCUCUUUCCUCGUCGCCAAUCCCAGCCCCUCGCCGUCUCUCUUUCUCUCUCUCUUCUGCUGAGCGAGGGAUUAAAAACCUUUUUAUUGCACUGUUGAUUUUGGUUUUGUAAGAUAAUAAUAAUGAGAAUAAUGUUAAUAAUCUUCUUAUUGUGACAUAACCUGGUCUGUCCAGAUUUAAGGAAGUGGUACUUUAACUGGAGAAGGAGAAAUGUUAUUGUUUUUGUUCAUAUCUCUGUAAUAAGCUUUUUAUUUCUUAUUUGUUUUAUAUUGUUAUUAUUUUUUAUUGUUGUUUGUUGACUUCAUAAGUCUACUCUGGAUGCUCAGCCAGAGUCCAGUGUUUUCUGCUCUGAGACAUCUGCUGAUUGGACCAGGGGUGUCACGUGAUCAGAUGCAGUGUUCACAUCAUGUCAGAUAAAAUGGAGCAGUGUAAUUAGCCACAUUUGAAACCCACAUAUUAAAUUUUAAUUUUAAAAUCCAUUGAUUUAAAUGUUUUCAUCCAUUUAUUUUUCUCACAUUUUCAUGAUUCAUGUCAUCAGGUGUGUCAAAAAAAAACAUUAAGGGCACAAAAAUAAUUUAAAAUACCAACAAAACAAAUUAGUCCUCUCCAAUAUUACGGCCUUGAACUGAGAGAGAACGUCCACAUCCUGUUUCUCGUCAGUCUGUGUCUUCUAGUAUUGAAAUUAAAAUGAAUUUUAUAUGUUUGUGCUCAUAAUGUGUGACAGAAUCAAAAUUUGAAAAUGAUUUAAAUGUUUGAAAAUGCUAAAUUACUGUCAAAAUGAAAACUCGAUCCAGUGACAAAUACUAAGCACUGAACACUGAGGAUGGGAACUGAAUGUGACUCUAAAUGAUGCUACACGAGGACGUCUCCUCUUCCCAUUUCUUUAUGUCGUCUCUUUAAUCAGUUGGUGCUCAUACAGCUGAUCUGGGUUUACCAUCAGCUAAUGGUGAAUGUGAAUAUUAUUGUGGUGUGUAUAGUAAAUAUUCAGGCAUUUAAGUAGUUAGUUUGCUCUUGAAGCAUCAACUUUAACAAAACAGCGCAGGUCAAGUAUACUGAUGAUUGGCCAAAAUAUUCUAAUCUAUGAUAAAUAUUUAUGAUGAAGAUUUUAUGAGAAAUCUUUAUGAAAACCUGAUUAAAUGGUUUACUUAAAAAAUGUUGAGACUCAAAGCUUCAAACAAAGACCAUCAUUAAUGUUGUGCCCCAUGCUGUUUUCACACUACUUAAAUUUAUCCAUCUGUUUGUUUGAGUAGAAACAUCACUGGUCAGCUCCAGCCUCCUAAAGGUUCAUGUCACGUUCUGACACUUCCUGGUCCUGACAGCAGCCAAUCAGGCUUCAGAACAAACAGAAAAAGGAAAAGCAUUACCUGUCUGUACACUGUUCUGUACUAAGGUCGUUUUGUCGAAGAGUGGUCGAACUGUCGGCAGUGUACGUGGGAGAUUAAUUCUGCUAGCACACACUCACCUGCUUUACACUGUCGGGCCAAAUCGGUUUAGUCUGGUCUCAGAUUUGGGGGUCAAGAGACACUUCAGGCCUUUCUCACUCUGCAUUCUCAUGAAACCUUUAUUUUUUUAUAAUUUUUACUUGGAUGCUAAGGCUGCGACUAAAUAUUUUCUCUCUCAAUUCAUCAGCUAAACACUUUGUAGACUAGUCAACAAAUUUGAAGUUUUCUUCCCUUAAAAAUAACUCAAAAUUGUUGCUCAAUGACUUUUUAUUGAUUGACAUAGUGAUGGUGGAGGAUAGACCGCCAAAUCCACAACUUUCCAUCUAAGUCCAUCACUUUUCAUACUUCUUUGAAAUGAUUUUUAGGAGCAAAAGUAGUAGUAUCACAUCAGACUAGUUGGGAACCACCAGCGAUGUACAGGUGUAUUAAAAUGUAAUCACCUGAGCCUGUCUACGCUGGUGACAGUGUUCUUUUAAGUUAGUACCUCCAAAUUUAACUUACCAUGCGAGGUCCAACUCCCAACAGCAUGACUACAAACUCCCAACAAUGCAAAAGCUAACUCUCAACACAGCGUGGUUGAACCCUCAGAAACACAAGAACACAAGAUCAUAUUUCCAAAAAAACACAUGCGUGAUCUUGGCAUAGCUUUUAUUGAGAAAGUCCUUUUGUUUCUCUUGAUGAAGUGAUUUCUACGACAGAGCCAAACACCCAUAAUCAGUAACAGCAAACAGUUGUUGAAUCCUCUUUAGCCUGACAGCGGAAAGCUGCUUAUUUCUUAAUAACUACCCAGAGCUGUCUAUCUGAAGGAGCUGUGUUAAUAAGCUGGAGGCCCAGCAGAUGUCAGUACUUCCCAGAUGAAACACCAGUCAACAACAAGCACAGCUCAUACAGACAGAUUCAUCAAGUCACAUUGUUUAAUUAUACUCUACACUGAAUCUCCUUCGGCCUCAAACGGCUCGGUUUUCUCUCCAGCUGCUCCAGAUGUCAGGUUCUGGUGUCUUCUGAACCAGCCUAGAGUUGUUGUCUGACUCGACUCUGGACCACUCGAAAUUUAUUGAUCUGUUGAUCAGCCAGCACAGUGCUUAUUCGUUAUUGAUGCCAUCAGACAGAUCAGGUUGCCAAGGGAAUUUUAAAGGUUCAUCUCAGCUUUUUUGGGACAUUUUGCCUUAGGUUGAUCAUAUCCCACAGUGUUAACAGGGGAAUUCACAAGGCUUUGAGACAGGGAUGAUUCAGAAAAAGAGAUGGUGUGAGGUGAUGAAUCGUACAAAUGGGGAUAAACAGUCUCACCUCAAAGAUUCGGAUGUUUGCAUGAAACUAAGCAGAAGCAGUUGUAUGAAGAGUGAAUCUGAGCUUGACACCUGGUCAGUCGCUACGUAAAGUUAGCAUGACUGUAGGAUUGAUGUUUUUUGGAAAGUUUUCCAACGCAGCCUUCCGGGUUGAUCCAACAAGCACUCUGUUUUAAAGCCUUUUGUCCCCUGAAGGUUCUCCAUCCUGUGAUUUUCUCAAUGCAUUUAAAAAAUCCUGUUACCACUAGAAACAUUCGUGAAGUCAAAAAAGCCUUCUUUAUUUAAAUACAGAAACCACAAUAACCAGAAAGCAAAAGGACAGAUUAUACCAGAGCAGUUGAAGUGUGUCGUCUCCUGGUGGUAAACUCUGAAAUUCACCAGCUACUUUUACUAGUUUACCAGCCUGCCAGGUGUCUGUUACAGCAGAACGACAUCAGACAGCAGCUGCUGGUGUUUUCUGUCCUUGUUUAUCAGGUCAUAUGUAUGAACCUUGAAAUCCUGCUGCAGCUCUGAUCGGCUCUGGUCUCUUAUGUUUGCAUGCUGAGGGCAGGGAUUGUAUAUCUGUGGGACCUGAUGAAGUAAAUGGUUAUUUUGGUGCAACUUUAUCAUAAAAUGGCCUUAAUCCAGUGCAUCAACCUGAGUAUUAACCUACAGAGAAGUAAUACAAGUACACAACAUGAAAUGUACUUAAAACGGUGCAAUAAAGCAGAAGUAUUGAUAUUGUGCUUAAACUGUGUUUUACAUGUUUCAAAGUACAUAUUGUCAGAGAAGGAUCAUAUGACAGUGUGCUUACAGUACUUUCCUGACAGAUGAAUUCACUGGAAUACGGUCAUUGUAAUGUAAAGUUUGACCUGUUUUUUUAUGGCAAAAAAAAUCUAGUAAUGACCUGUAAUCCUGCACGUACACACUGAGACUGCACAGGACGGGAUGUAAAAUGUUUCCUGAUUAUCCUGUACGGUUAAAUGAUCUUCAAAGAGUCAACAUCUGGAGAUUCAUUAAAGUAUCAGCAACAAAAUAUGAUGAAAUCCAGACAGAACCUGCAGCAUCACAACACUCGUACAGUGUCAGUAUAUUAGGUAGAAGAGAUAACCUUUGACCUUUGAGAGUCUCUACAUUAAACAUUCAUGUAACUAUAAAAAAGUUACAUGAAUGUUUAAUGUAUCAAUAGAUACUCAUUUUAACCACCAAAGUCUGUUUAGUAGCUGCUCUGUAGCUUUUGAUCAUAGGACAUGAGCCUCUUCAGCAGAUACAGUUGGCUCAGUUUUAAUGGAAUUUUUAAUGUAAAAAUCAGAACAUUUUAGUGUUUAACAUUUCUACUUGACUUUUGUUGUACAUUUUGAAAACUUCAUGUCAAAAUUCCUUGCAAGAGCCUAAUGAUUUUAAUUUAGGUUGGACCACUCCUAAAAGAAACCAAGAAAUCAAAAACUUGACAACAUUUUAAGUGUCUUGUAGCUUCUGAAUUUUUUGUAAAUUUGAAAAUGUUUAGACACGAUCAAACUCUAAUCGGUUUUAAAAUAUGAAAACCAGAUUUAAGUCAACCAUUUUAAAUCUUAACAGAUUCAUCUUACGUCCUCUAACCUGGAGUUGCUGCUGGGUGUGCAGUGCCUUGCUCAAAGACACUUAGACAGGCCUCAUGUUUGACUGUUGAUUGAUGGAUUUUUCUGCUUUUGUUGCUGAUCCUGUUGUGUGGGUUUGUACGUGCGGGAUGAACACGGUGGAGACGGCCUGUCAGUUUGAACUUGUUUGUACAUUAUAGUUUGAUUCAGUUGAUAUAAUGUGUUUUAAUAGAAACAUGCUUGUGUAUGAUACUAAUAAAAAUACUAUGGAGAAACAA